AUGUCCUCUGAUAAGCAUUUUCCUCUCCACGUCCAACACGAAAUUAUCAAGCACUACUUGGAGGCUGUGGCACCUGCCAACAGACACGAUCCCUACCCCUACGACGAGCUCACCCGCCUCAUGCUCGUAUGUAACGAAUGGAAGUCCUUCGUCCUCGGGUUAAAGACCUUCUGGAAGAACGUGACCAUCACGCACUCCGGUGCCAUGGGACGUGCCAUCAUGCGGAGUGGGGAUGAACUGCUCGACGUCCGCGGACGCCUAAUCAAUGUAGAGGAGGAGGAGAACCUAUCGCGGCUCGACCUUCUUCUCCAGUACAGAGCACGGAUCCGGAGCCUGGAUUUGGUCACCUCAAGAAUGGUAUUGGCACAGUGGGAUGCGGAUCGUUACACUGAGGUCUCCGUGCUGAAGAAUGUCAUCCUGGAGACAACAAACGGCACACACCAAGAUCCUGAAACCCGAGAAGAGGAUCUUCUUGGCAUCUUCAAGACACCUACCCUGAGGACGGUAGAACUGAAGGGCUUUACUGACCGAGAGGCCAAUACUUUGAUGACCAAGAGAGUUGAAGUGUUGAAACUUCAGGGGAUGAGGUUCACAGACAGACCAUACUGGACACGGGGACGAUACGAGACACACAACUCAAUCAUGCCAUGCGCUCUCGCUUCCAUGAAAAGCCUUCAACGGCUAUAUAUUGACUCAAGGUUGUUUGGGGAAAAUGCGCGCUAUGAGGAAGGUGUCAAACUCCCCUCUCUGAAUUUCUUGUCUCUCGUCAUCGGGACGAAGGAGCUUGCGAAGGCCCGACCUAUCCUCUAUGUACGAAAUCUCCGGGGAGCUUGUGUUGAGAUCCUGGCCCCUCCCGACGAUGCAGGAUGGAUCAUGCGGUCGAUUGGCAGUCUGUUAGAUGAAAUACCCUGGAAAACGACAAUGCCUGUAGCCCGACUCAUAGUCGACGAACUGAACAUCCUAUGCAUCACCUUUAUGGACGGUUCACGAGAAGCGCUAAAAAUCCGCUUCCAUCGCAUCGGAGAGCUCGGGACAAUCUUUCGCCUCGUGAGGUAUAACCUCUCGCGAUGCCUGGAGAGAUUAGAAAGUUUAUGCAUCCUCAUGCAUAAUGGACAGAGAGCGAUGAAGAAGCUCGAGACGGAGGCCUUGGUCCUAAUGCUAUCGGGUACGCCAGGCUUACGCCACCUGGAAGUCCAGAUACCCAUGAAGCCGGACGACGUGUUAAAGCCCUCCCCGGUGAAGCUGCCGAAACUAGCAUCGAUCGCGGCGGGGAUUACCCAAGCCGAGGACGCCCGCUUCCUCACCUUCUUGGAUGCACCGUUGUUACAGCAUGCAAACUUCGAAGUCAGCGCGAUGGACGAAGAUGUACCUUCUAUCUUGGAAUCCGUGACGCCUCACCUGAACCAGAUAGCCGAGAACGAACCAUUACCGAUCGCCGAGUUCCAACUCUUGGGGCGGACACGACACAAUGUAUACAUUACCCUGGGCAACGGAGAGGGACAACUUCGUGGGAUCGAUCUAGAAUUCAAGGGGAUCCGAGCCCAAGCAGCCCUGCUGCGCUCACUAGCAACACACGUCGCUCCCUCCUUCCAGCUGGUGGAGGACCUGUUCAUCCGGAAGGGAGAUGGAUACGCGGACGGUGCGGAGGGAGCGUGGUAUGCGAUUUUCAAACAUAUGCCCAAGGUCCGUACGCUGCGUGUGGAAGGGCAAGGCUCGAAAACCCUGCCAUUGGGGCUUGCGUACCGUGAUAAGGGCGAGGAAGCCUACCACCCGCUUUUCCCUCGCCUUGAAUCACUAACCCUGGAGUCCGUCUGGUUCCGUCCACCGAAGAAGAGGGGACGCUCGAAAACCGGGAGAGGAUUCAUCAACGAUCUGUUAAGAUCGUUAAAGUGUCGCGAUGACGCAGAACAAAUUAACAUUCUUACCCUUCGCAAGGUUCGCAAGAUUUAUGACAGUGAUAUUGCUGACUUGAAGGCCUUGAUAAAAGAGGUCACUCGGGACAAGUGA